UAAGCAGUAUUCUCUUUUCAGGCAGUUUCUGUCGAAUUCGAACUUCUAAACUUUCGUUUGCCUGCAACUUCCUCUCUCCUUUCCACCGCCUACCCUUCCUACCUCUAUAAUACCACAAUUUAUUCCUCCCAAAAUAUCAUCUUUUUCUCGUUUUCAUCCCAAUUUUUUUUCUCUCUCUCAAAAAUUAAUCUUUCUAAUCCAUAACAAUGGCGGAAUCCAAAACCACCAUGGAAUCACUCAGGGGAUGGGUCGUUCAAAACAAACUUCGCGCUGUUGGGUGUUUAUGGUUGAGUGGAAUUACUGGAUCUAUCGCUUACAAUUGGUCUCGUCCUCAAAUGAAAACCAGCGUUAAACUUAUUCACGCUAGGUUGCAUGCUCAGGCCCUUACACUGGCUGCCUUAGUCGGAGCUGCAUCAGUUGAAUAUUUUGACCGCAAAUAUUCAGAAGCUAAGAAAGAUCAAUAUCCAGAGUUGGUUCCCUUAGAUAGCUCGCACAAGAAUUAAGUGAAGUUGAUCUUAUGUGAUCUUUAACCAAAUUAGAAUAUCUUCCAAUAUAUGCAUACUGAUUUUCUGCUCUUUGUGCAGUUGUACGAUAUCUUUUGUUAUUAUUUUCUUUUCCCCAAGUUGUUACUCUUGCAGAGUAAAAAAAAAUAUGGAAGUUAGGUAGCCAGGCUUUGUAAAAUGCCAUUGUUAAUAAUCCAAUUUUGGUGAAAGCUGAAAUUUGCUUGCCUUCUCCGGAUUCUUGUGAAUGAAUAUCUCUUUGUGCUA